AGGUUUGAUCCGCCACUGCGGAGUAAAUAAACCAUGUCCUGAGAAUAUUUACAAUUUUAUCUAUACUUCUUUAAUAUGAAUGUUUGUUUACACUGCAAAUAGAAUAUUUCUCAAGGAAGGUCGAGGAUACGUUGGUUAAAAUAUUUAUUUCAGAUGGCACGCUCUGUAUCGGACCGGACGGUACAGUACCGGACAGUUGGAUUUGGAUUUCUAUAGACUGUUAUAACAAUGGCAGAUGAAACAGUCGACAUAGAACGUGACAAACGGAUGAAUCGGUUGUGUAUAGCUUCAACCGUAAUUGUGCUCCUCUCACUUGUCUGUAUCAUUGUUGGAAGUCUAGCAAUAGCCCAGUCAGCACCGGAGUAUACAUUUCCGUAUUGUUUAGGUGGGGCGAUGAUCGCUGGUGUAAUGUCGAUCGUGUCGUCAUGCUGCAAUAUGUGCGUGUACUGCGAAUACAGGAGCAUGUCACGUGACAAUAUUCAGAGCUGGGCUUGCUGGAUGUCAGUUGUGAUCAGCUUUUUGAUGAUUUCACUGAUACUUGGAGUUGGGAUAUCGGGUAUAUGGGGGAUGUCACAAACAACAGAUCGCAUUAAAGUAGAAAACAAACUGCAAAGAAAUUCGUAUGACAUAGCGUAUGAAAAUGCGAACCUUGAAUAUGCUGUCGUAAGUUUCGUUUUAGUGCUUAUAUUGAUUAUCUUGCAUAUUAUUGCUUGGUGUCAGUGUUGUAGUUUUCUUAACACCUACGGUUUUGACAACAGCUCAGCUUAUUUUCAACAAGAAUUAAAUCGAAUGGAACGAUUAAUUAGGGAUAAUCCAAACGCUACACGAGAAAACCGUUCAAGAGGUGUUCUUUAUUCAAUUCCCAUCCCUGAGAUUUAUCAUGGUACCUUGCAGCAACCAUCAGCUCCGAGUGAAUCAUCAGUAUCUCCAAACGAAGAUAACAGAGACAUUUCUCCUGAUUCAUCCUUAGAUAGAUUGUCUCCAUCAUUUAAUCACGUGACAUCAACCGAAAAUGGAGCGAAUAGAUCGCCGGAAGUACAGUCUGAUGAAAGACCACCUCCGUCUUAUGAGGAGCUGGAAGGAGACUUGCCAUCAUACAGAGAAGUUGUAACUGAAGGGCGUUAUGUAUCUACAGGCAAUACCGAAUUCAUUACAAAAAUAUGAGUUGUAUUCACACCUUUUAUUGUGUGCUAAACUUUCGUACAAUAUGUAUGUACACGCCUUCUGCGAGACAAAGCUUUUCCUGCGUUACAAUAAAUGAAAAUGUUGGAGAAAGCGUUGCUUUACGUCAUUGUUUUCCUAACUUCGACUGUCAUUGCAAAAAUACGUAUUUGAUGAUAGCAGAUGUCUAAGGAUAACAAAAUGGUGUUACAGUGCUGGACCAGUCGUGCCAAAUUAGUGAUAAGGAGGAAAUCAAUGCUAAUACAGAACUAUUAAUUCUGUUUCUAGAUUACAUUAACGUUUCAACAGUGUGAUAGCUGUAUAUCUGAGCAUAUCUCACUCCUGGCAAUAUUCUGAAAAAAAAAACGAAAA